AAGUUCAACACACGCUUGCUUCCUCUUUAGCUCAUUCUGCCACCGCCACCGUCACCGGCUCGCUUCUCUGUUCAUCUCUGCAACAUUUUCCAACCUUUCCGAUCCUCAUCGAUAACAGCUGCACUGAGGGAUUCUCAAUACUCCGGACACCAUGAGCGAGGUAUUCGAAGGCUACGAGCGUCAAUAUUGCGAGCUUUCUGCCAAUCUUUUCAGAAAAUGCACCUCCGCCAGUGCCCUAGAUGGAGAGCAGAAGAAGCAAACGCUUUCUGAGAUAACGGGUGGUAUUGAUGAAGCAGAAUCUCUGAUUCGGAAAAUGAAUCUCGACGCGAGGACUUUGCAGCCGAGUGUGAAGGCUAAUCUUCUUGCUAAGCUAAGGGAAUAUAAAUCAGAUUUGAACAAUCUCAAAAGAGAAGUAAAACGAAUUACAUUUGGCAACUUAAAUGCAGCUGCACGCAAUGAGUUGCUGGAAUCUGGAUUGGCUGAUACCAUCGCGGUCUCAGCUGAUCAAAGAACUAGACUAAUGAGCACAACAGAGAGAUUAGGCAAGUCGAGCGACCGGAUUAAGGAUAGCCAAAGAACUAUGCUUGAAACUGAGGACCUUGGAGUCUCAAUCCUAGAAGAUUUGCAUUCACAGAGACAACCUCUUUUGCGUGCCCAUGACACGCUUCAUGGUGUGGAUGAUAACAUAGGCAGAAGCAAAAGAAUUUUAACCAAUAUGUCAAGGAGGAUGAACAAAAAUAAGUGGACAAUUGCCUGCAUAGGUACUGUUCUUGUUAUUGCCAUCAUUGUGAUAUUGUACUUCAAACUUAAAUAGGUAAAGACAUCCUCUUUUUGGGUGUGAGCUUGCUGUUGGGAGAUUAGUUGAUGGUCUUUUUUAACUCACUUCUUCCUCAACUGUUACCUGUUCUCUGGAAUGUAUAAAGAAUGCUCUUGGGUUUUGUCAUGGAUAGUUUUUAUCCUUGUAAACAAUAGAAUACAAGGAAGCUCUAAGUAUUUCAGACU